AUGGCGCAAACACAGCCGCAGCAGUUUUCCCAGUCAUUCUCACCGCCGGGGUCUUCACCCUCGCCGGGAGCUCCAUCGCCAGUGAAUGGUGGCGUACCUCCACCUCCCAAACGACAGCGUCUCUCACCUCUCCCUCAAUCUCCCUACGCCUCACCGAGCUUUGGAACCCUGCAACUUCCUCAGAACCUCCCUCCAAAUCUUCCUCAGAAUCUCCCUCAGAAUCAGCUCGCUACCUCGGCCAACGCCAUCAAUGUGAACGGAAUGCCUCAAACACCUGUCUCGGCACCGGCACCGGCACCGGCACCUCCAGGAGCCAUGGGGCCUCCAUCUCGACCUGCGGAUAAGGCCACGGAUGCUGCGGAACUCACAGAUGUUUUGGCCUCGUCGGGUAUCGAUGUCAGAGAAGAAGAGGCUUUUCUCACAAGCAGCUAUUCUGGUCCGGGUGUGCAGGUUCAGCAGCCACCGCGUCUCCAACCACAGCAGCAUCACCAUCAGCCCCCUCUACCGCAACAGCAGCCUCAACCUCCCCUCAACACCUCUUUCACCUCACAAACCUCGACCGGAACGGUAACUUCGCAACCUAGCUUCGGCGAAUCCUCACAGUUCAAACCGCCCACGGGUCAAGAAUCUCCUCUCACCGAGCCGUCAACCCAGCCGCCGGCGCCCUUUAAAGACCCGAACGAACCGACCCGAGAAGAUAGCGAGGCGGCUAGACGUGCACAAUACCAUCUACAGGAACCGUUUCUCUUGACCAAGGUCUUGGAACAGAAGCUGCAACGGCGUGGGUUUGAGCUGGGCGUCCGCAUCCCGGCGGAAGGCCUGUUCCAUCCGGUGCCGGGCCGUCAAGCACCGAUCGAAGUGACCGGACCCGACGGCUCGUCUAUUGUGCGUACGGGUCAAACCAUUCUCAACCAGGAGGGGGCGCCGUUGGUGGACAUACUGAAUUUGAUGUCGCUAUCAUGCGAAGAGCGGCUGCGAACGGUAGUUGAUUACUCCUCCACACUGGCACGAAGCCGUCGUGAGCAUUCCCACGGGGAGGUUCCUCUUGAAUGGGACGAAAUAGCCGUGCCAUCUCCCACUGCGAACGGGACCGGAGGGAGUCCCAAGACUCCGCUCAAGAGAUCCCAAUCAGCCACCGAGCAACCGAUCCCCAAAAGCAUUCCAGAGAAAUACCGGAUGCUUAUGGAUAAGGAUAACUCCAGCGAGGAAAGCCGUGCGGCUAAACGAGCCAAGCGCGAUGCCAACGCCAUCCUGGGCGAGAGUGCAGGAAACAAAUCCGAGUCGACCGACAUGCCGGGCUCCGGCGCGUCUACGCCAACGAUGGGUGAACGAGCGCCCUCUAUCGAUAAGAAGGGAAUGUCGAAGAAGGAAGCACGUAAGUUGGUGGAUGCCAAAGCCAGCGAGGCUCAACAGCAUAAACAGUCGGUGGAGACGGCACGACUAGCAACCAACAGCAUGUUGUCACACCGUAUGUUUGGACAAAAGAAGUCCUACUCGUGGCUCAAUCCGCGCCCGGCCGGCGGCAGCGGAUUGUCUACACCGUCCCGAACCAACGCGGCCACGCCCAGCGCGACUCCCGAUAAGACCGGUCGCUCUGGGGAACCAGCGACAGUACCGGCCAAGCGACUGGGGACGUGGCGAGAAGACAAGGAGAAAGGAGCGGGGGUCCAAGUUCGGGAUAUCCUGUUCAUGCUGGAGCUGGACGGACGAGGAGCCCGGCACGUGCAGAAGGCAUAUUCCAAGGAUCUCAAAGAAGAUCGCACGGACUGA